CCAGUCAACCAGCAAGCUGUACCAAUGCAGCAAUUUUCGCCUGGUAUGCAGGCUGCAGUACGAGCUGCUGUUCAACAGUACCCUUUUGGAGCAGCAGACUCCCAUUUUUGCAGCGCCUCCGUCCCGAGUCGACCGUGUCCAAGGCAAUUGCAACUACAAUAGUCAUCAGCACCAAGACAACCCAUGGAGAUGUUUCCCAGCGCACAUGCCAGACGCCUGUUGAGGUUGAAGGUACGGGUGGACGCGGUGGAGGCACAUGAAUGGCCUGUUGGGAAAUAUCUCACGCCUUGCUCAACAGAACGAUGACACGCAGACCGAACUUCACUGACCAACCCAGCCCACCAACAACCAGCCAGUUGCAUCAGAGGCUACAAGGAAAGGCAAGGUCGCCGAGACAACGACGUCUCAAUCGCGAGCAACUCCAACGCCAGCAACUCCAACACCAGAGACACCAAGUCGAGAGCAACUUCAGUCAAAGUCGCAGUCGGCGGCCAGAUCGACUCCAGUCGCGGAGGAGUCAGAAGAACCACAAGUCACAGAGGCCGGCACAGGUCUUACAACGUCCGCCUCAGCAACAUCAAGUCAAGCACUCACUGCUGAGGCGUCAGCCAAUCCAAGACCAGCAAUUGGGAUCGCCUCUCUUGACCCAUUGCCUCCAGGUCCAUCGUCAGGCCGAUGAUGCGAUGUUAAGCAAUACGCCGGCCUGACCACGAUGCCGGACGCAGACCCAGGAGACACAUCGGAGACAUCGACCGAGUAUCAAUUCGGAUUGAAGCACGUUGGCACGGUUUACCAGGACAUCUACCUCCACCUGGGCUCCCAAAUUAUGGCGUACAGUCUUGUGAGGACUGAUGUCAAGCCAGGCAGGCG